AUGAAUGACAAUAUUGAUGAUGGGGAUGUAGUCACAGAAGACCAUUCUCUUUUCAAUGGCAGAAACAAAUUGCUAGUUGCUAAUAGAGGUGAGAUACCCAUUAGAAUUUUUAGAUCUGCUCAUGAGUUGUCAAUGGAAACAGUUGCAAUUUAUUCACAUGAAGAUAGAUUAUCAAUGCAUAAGUUGAAAGCUGAUGAGGCUUACGUUAUUGGGGAAGAAGCUCAAUACACUCCAGUUGGAGCCUAUAUGGCUAUUACUGAGAUCAUAGAUGUUGCUAAGGAGCAUGAUGUCGAUUUCAUUCAUCCAGGUUAUGGGUUUUUGUCAGAAAAUUCAGAAUUUGCUAGACAGAUCAUAAAAUCUGGCAUUAAAUGGAUUGGCCCAUCUCCAGAAAAUAUAGAUUUAGCAAAUAAUAAACUAUCUUUAAGAAAGUUAGCACUUAAGGCUAAUAUUCCAAUAAUUCCAGGAUCCAGUGACUCAAUAAACUCAAUUGAGGAAGCAAGAUCGUUGACCCAAACUAUUGGCUUUCCUGUAAUAAUCAAGGCAGUUUUUGGUAGCGGUAGUAGAGCAAUGGAAAUCGUUAGAGAAGUUGAAGAUAUAGCUGAUGCUUUUCAAAGAGCUAGAUCAGAGGCAAUUGCUGCUUUUGGAAAUGGGACUUGUUUCAUAGAAAAAUAUAUAGAAAAAUCAAAACAUAUCGAAGUUCAAAUAUUAGCUGAUAAUUAUGGUAAUGUCGUACAUCUUUACGAAAGAGAUUGUACAGUUCAAAGAAAGCACCAAAAUAUAGUAGAAGUAGCCCCAUCAAAGAUUUUAUCACCACAUAUCAGAAAUUCACUAUUGGCAGAUAGUGUUAGAUUAGCUAAAGCAGCAGGAUUUCAAAAUGCUGGAACAGUAGAGUUUUUAAUUGAUCAAAACAAUAGAUAUUAUUUUAUUGAAAUGAACCCUUACAUUCAGGUAGGGCAUACAAUAACCGAAGAAAUUGUAGGUAUUGACAUUAUUGCUGCCCAAAUUCAAAUUACAGCUGGAGCAUCUUUAACACAAUUGGGACUUAUCCAAGAUAAAAUCGCAAUAAGAGGGUUUUCGAUACAAGCUCGAAUAACCACAGAAGACCCUUCAAACAAAUUUCAACCAGAUAGUGGUAGAUUAGAAGUUUAUAGAUCCUCAGGUGGCAAUGGGGUACGAUUGGAUGGUGGUAAUGCUUUUGCAGGAGCCAUUAUAUCUCCAUAUUAUGAUUCUAUGUUAGUUAAAUGUACUUGUUCAGGCUCCACCUAUGAGAUAGUAAGACGAAAAAUGCUACGUGCAUUAAAAGAGUUUAGAAUCAGAGGUGUGAAGUCAAAUAUACCAUUUUUACUAACUUUAUUAAAUAAUCGAAUUUUUAUCAAAGGUUCAUAUUGGACCUCUUUCAUUGAUGAUACGCCGUCAUUAUACCAAAUGACUUCAUCACAAAAUAGAGCUCAAAAAAUUCUUCAAUAUUUAUCAGAAUUAGUUGUUAAUGGUCCAGCAAUCAAAGGGCAAGUUGGAUUACCUAAAUUACUAAAAAGCCCUAAGAUUCCUAAAUUAUAUGAUGAUAAAGGACUAGAAAUUGAUGUUAUAAAUAAAGCUCCACCUAUGGGUUGGAGACAAAUUCUGUUAACUCAUGGUCCUGAAGAAUUUGCAAGACAGAUCAGAAAUUAUAAAGGGACAUUAAUCAUGGAUACUACAUGGAGAGACGCACAUCAAUCGUUACUUGCAACAAGAGUCAGGACAUACGAUUUAGUUGCAAUUGCACAAACAACUGCUCAUGCUUUGUCCGGUGCUUUUGCACUAGAGUGUUGGGGUGGUGCGACGUUCGAUAUCUCUAUGAGAUUUCUUUAUGAGAAUCCUUGGGAUAGAUUGAGAAAACUUAGAAAAUUAGUGCCAAAUAUUCCAUUCCAAAUGUUAUUAAGAGGUGCUAAUGGCGUUUCAUAUUCGUCAUUACCGGAUAAUGCAAUUAAUCAUUUUGUUAAUUGUGCUAAAACAAAUGGUAUAGAUAUCUUUAGAGUUUUUGAUUCUCUCAACGAUAUACAACAAUUAAAAGUUGGUGUCGAUGCUGUUAAGAAGGCAGGUGGUGUUGUUGAGGCCACUAUAUGCUAUUCCGGAGAUAUGUUACAGCCUGGAAAGAAAUAUAACUUGGAUUAUUAUUUAGAAAUUACCGAACAAGUGGUUAGAAUGGGUACACAUAUUCUUGGUAUUAAGGACAUGGCCGGUACAAUGAAACCUGCUGCUGCAAAAUUAUUGAUUGGUUCAUUAAGAGCAAAAUACCCACACUUACCUCUUCAUGUCCAUUCACAUGACUCCGCAGGUACUGCUGUGACUUCUAUGACUGCUUGUGCUUUAUCUGGCGCUGACGUCGUUGAUGUAGCAUCAAAUUCAAUGUCUGGACUGACUUCUCAGGGUUCUAUCAAUGCAUUACUAGCAUCACUAGAUGGUGAAAUUGAUACCAAUAUAAAUGUUGAUCAUGUCAGUCAAUUAGAUAGUUACUGGGCUGAAAUGAGAUUGCUAUAUUCAUGUUUCGAGGUUGAUUUGAAAGGUCCUGAUCCCGAGGUGUACCACCAUGAAAUUCCUGGUGGUCAGCUAGCCAAUAUGUUCUUUCAAUCACAACAAUUGGGUUUAGGAGAUCAGUGGGAAGAGACCAAAAGAGCAUAUAAAGAGGCAAAUUAUCUAUUAGGUGAUAUAAUCAAAGUUACUCCUACCUCCAAGGUAGUUGGUGAUUUAGCACAAUUUAUGGUUAGCAACAAGUUAACAUCUGAUGAUAUAAGGAGAUUAGCAAGCUCAUUGAGUCUUCCUGGUUCUGUUAUGGAUUUCUUUGAAGGUCUUAUGGGAAAACCAUAUGGUGGAUUUCCAGAACCUUUCAGAACAGAUUCAUUAAGAAAUAAGAGGAGAAAAUUGAAUCAGAGGCCUGGUUUAGAAUUGCCUCCUUAUGAUCUACAUAAAAUUAAAGAAACAUUACAAGCCAAAUAUGGUAAUAUAUCAGAUGAAGAUGUCGCAUCUUAUAAUAUGCAUCCACAGAUAUUCGAAGAGUUUCAAAAUACCAAAGAGAAAUAUGGUGAUUUGUCUGUUAUCCCAACUAAAAACUUUUUAGCACCUCCGACUAUUGGUGAGGAAAUUGAGGUGACGAUCGAAAAAGGUAAAAACUUAAUUGCAAGACUGCAAGCAGUAGGUACCAUAAACAAAGAAACAGGCAUACGUGAGGUGUACUUUGAAUUGAAUGGUGAGUUAAGAAAGGUUGCAGUGAUUGAUAAAUCUGCAGCUGUGAAGAAAGUAGUUAAUAAAAAAGCAGAUUCAAGUAAUAAUUAUCAUAUCGGAGCUCCAAUGACAGGUGUAAUAAUAGAAAUAAAAGUCCAGAAAGGUAAUAUAGUUAGGAGCGGCCAAACAAUUGCUAUUCUAAGUGCCAUGAAAAUGGAAAUGGCUAUAUCAUCCCCUAUCGACGGCAAGGUGAAGAAGAUAUACGUCAAAGAUCAUGACAAUGUUUACAGCUCUGACUUACUAGUUGAACUAGAACCAAUUUCUGAGGAUCAGCUAUGA